AUGAAUAUGAGAGGUCAAUAUGAGAUGGAUGAGAGAGAAACGUCCUCCGUCUCAUAUUCUUCCUGUUCUAGAAGGGACUAUGGGUCGACUGUCGACGUUAGACCAAUGAUUAUGUACAAAGAAAUCAUAACGCAUCGUCUUCUAAAGUCUUGCAUCAUCACAGUGGAAAAUCUUCUUUUCAAUCAUAGAGUUCAAUCCAUUCGGAAGAUUAGCAUGAUAAGUGAGUUGGCUCUCUCACAAGAUGACUAUACCAUUAAGGUCCGUGUCAUCCGUUUGUGGAGACAAACUUCAUGGAAUCAACAACUUCGUAUGAUUGGCAUGAUAUUGAUGGAUGAAAUGGGCUCAAAAAUUGAAUGUAAUGUGGACAAACCAUUUGCAUCGCUUCAAGGAAAAUCUUUUGAAGAAUAUGGUGAUUACUACAUUCAUAAACCCACAUUAGGGUUAAAUGAAGGUGUUAUAAAGUUUGUUGACGGUCCACACAAACUCUAUUUCCAGUAUAACACGAAGAUAACUAAAUGCAUAGAUUUUUGCGAGCCACAGAAUUCUUUUGAUUUUGCAGACUUCCAACAACUUCAUGAUAAUGCAAUAAACCCAAAAAUUUCAUUUGCAUACGGUCAUUUUGUAUUGCUUAUUCAAUGUGCUAAGUUGAAGCUUGUCCGAGAUCGUCCUUAUGUCAAUAACACCUACUUGGCCACAAAACUUUAUAUUGAAGAUGACAUUGAGGAGAUAACAACUUUCAAAAAAAGUUUACAAGCAAAAAAAGGCUCUUUGACUUCCUCGGUUUCACGUACCUCGGGUUCAUCCAUCAUGUAUUCACUACAUGAUGACUUUCUUCAAAAAAACUCUUUUCACCAAAUAUCCGCUAUUCACGAAUUGAACGAGUCAAAGGUUCAAAUAGUUAAGGUUUCAGAUGAGACGGUCAAUGGCUUGGACCAGUUAGAAGAGAAAGAGAUUAUGGUUUGUACAAAUGAAAAGUGCAAGGACAAACUUAUUACUGCUGAACCAAGUUUUAUGAUCAAAGUUCGAGUUCAAGGUUUAGUUGGUGUUGUGAGUCUUACGAUCUUUGAUCGUGAAGUCAGAAAUAUUAUGAAAUUAUCUGCUGCUGAUUUAUUAUCAAAAUAUGAAAGGUUUGGCAAUACAAGUCAGUUUCCUAUUGAGUUGAAUGCCAUGAUCGACAAAAAAUUGGCUUUCAAGAUUAUUGUCAAGACAUUUAAUGUUUCAAGAUUUGGUCGUUCUUACAACAUUUCCAAAAUAACGGAUAAUGUUGACAUUAUUUCUGCUUUGGAGAAAAUUGAAAAAAAGAGUAGGAUUGAACAGGACAUGGAUACUGAAUCUGUUAAUAUAAUUGGCUCAGAAUUUGCAUCUCAAGAAACAGUGGGUUGUAAGGAUGAUACUUCCCACACUGCUGAUAAUACUCAUGUGUCGAAUAUUCCCUCUGGCAUAUCAUCAAGAACAGUCAACAACCUCAAUUCACCGCCUACAAGUGCCAAACGUAAACUUGUAGAUGUUUACGAUCUUGAUGAUGACGUUUAUGAAUCAACAACGAAACCUAAUGCACCCCGUAUUGGAGAUGGCAAAGUUGGUGGAACAACAAAAUUGUUGAUUCCUAAAGUUGAAAAGUGA